UUGGUGUGUGAAGGAUUCAGAGACGUGGUGACUUACGUGCUCCCAAAUCUUCUUCUUGUUCCAAUAUAUCAUUGUUUCUAUUACUUUGAGCAAAUACAGGCACUUGAGCACAGCACCAAUGACAGUGAUGAUAAAGAAGCCUUCAGUCAAGUAGUUAGUGCAAUCACUCCAAUCAAACUUAUUCUUGAAAACCGAGCUGCCAUGUUACCUAAGAAUAGACCAAGUGAAGCAAGUCUUCGUAUAUCAUGGAGAGGGGGUUUACAAAUGGAGAAGAUGAAAGAUAUUGAGGAAAGUAUAGAAGGAUGGUGGGGAAAAACCAUUACACAGACAUGUAAUGAGUUUAUUUACGAGGGUGACUUAACGAGGGUAAUGGGUAAACGAUCUUCGGAGCGUCGGGUCUUCCUUUUCGAUUCACUUCUUCUUUGUUGUAAAUCCAACCAAGCGCGACGACCAAUGCCGGCUGUGUCUCCGCAUGAAUAUCGACUCAAAGAGAGAAUUUUACUUCGCAAGAGCACGGUCACCGAUGAUGAAAGUUCAGAUUGUCAGUUCUCGGUCGACGACGGGGAGACAAAGCACAUCUUCUGUGCUCAUUCAAGCGAAGAGAAACGAGCAUGGAUGGCUCAUCUCGUCCGACUUCAAUAUCGAUCCACGUAUGAUCGGAUGUUGGAUCAAUUGAUGAGGGAAGAGGCAUCUCAACUUCCUGUUCGUUAUCCAUCUAAAGAAGAGUAUCGGUACAUGGAGCCAGACAGUCCAGAUAACUUAGUAUUAGAAGGUGAAGGACAAAUCCCUCAAAUAAAAGGUGGAACGGUCCUUAAACUGGUGGAGAGACUUACCUAUCAUCUCUACUAUGUUCCCGGAUUUACAAAGACAUUUCUGACAACUUUUCGUUCAUUUUGUAAACCCCGGUUGCUGCUUGAGCUUCUAGUAGAAAGAUACAACAUACCUGAACCCCCACCAACUGAAGCACAGUUAGCAGCGAUCGAACGAGGAGAAAUUGUUUCUCGAGAUGAUUUAAAAAGAUUCAGGAAAGAAUAUGCGCAACCUAUUCAACUUAGAGUGAUGAAUGUGAUCCGUCAAUGGUUGGAACAUCACUGGUACGACUUCGAAUCAGAUUGGGAGCUCUUGGGGUCCGUGCGGCAGUUUGUGUCUUCUGUGAGAGGGAAGAACAUGCAGAAGUGGGCGAGGACAAUGGAGAAGAUCAUCGCGAAGAAGAUCGCCUCUGAAGAGGACAUCCCAAUGCCAUCGUUCCGUAAUGAUCCUCCACCUGUUGAAUGGCACAUCACUCACGAUGCAGAGAAAUAUUCAAUCAUGUCAUUACAUCCUAUUGAGGUGGCGAGGCAACUAACUUUGUUGGAGUUUGAUCUUUACAGAAAAGUUCAAUCAUCUGAGUUGGUUGGGACCGUAUGGACCAAAGUUGGUAAAGAGACAUCGUCACCAAACUUACUGAGGAUGAUACAUUGGUGUACAACUAUUACUAGAUGGGUGUCAAGGUCUAUAGUGGAGACAAAGAAUUUUGAGGAGCGAACAUCAGUAAUGAGCAGAGCCAUAGAAAUAAUGCAAGUUUUAAAACAACUUAAUAAUUUUAACGGACUUCUUGAGUUUGUUGCUGCUUUUAAUUCAUCUCCUAUACAUCGACUUAAUCAUACAAAACAACAUUUACCGGAUCGCUUGGUAAAGGGUUUGAAGGAAUGCAUGGAUCUGUGUGAUCCUAGGCUUACUAAGUGUUUGGAGAAGCUUAGAUCGUGUGAUCCACCAUGCGUGCCUUUUGUGGGAACAUUCCUAACAAACAUAUUGAAGACAGAGGAAGGCAAUCCACAUCUUCUACCUAAUUAUCCCGAACACCUCGAGUUGAUUAACUUUGGAAAAAGACGCAUGGUAGCUGCAAUAAUGCAAGAUAUUCAACAAUAUCAGAAUCAACCUUACAACUUGUUGCCUGUUAACGAUAUACGGGAUUAUCUCAUAAAUCUUAAUCCACUUGAGGGACAAACUGAGAAACAAUUUAACGAUUAUAUAUUUGCUUGUUCGUUAGAAGUUGAACCACGACAAGCAGAGCGACCUGCAAGACUUCCGAGGUCAAUGUCCGACAAAGAGAUGAAAUCUCCCGGCAUUGUUCCGAGCAAGAAGAGUGGAAAGACUUUAUUCCGGGAUGAGUCAAAGAUGUCUCUUUUUGAACGAAGAAAUUCCACCAAUGAGGAUGAAGCAUCUACUUCAACUGUAGAAAACCACCCAAUAUCUGUGGUUCCCGAAGAACCCCCAUCUCCAGUACCUGAUGAACCCCGCCCCCCACCUAGACCACCCCGGCAACCUAUUCACGAUUUGGUAUCUGCACCCCCAAUAAUGGCUCAGAGCACAGGGGUGUUUACAUUUGAUCACCCACCAUUGGUUAGGGGAACUUCUGAAGCUCCCCGGCCCUUACAUAACCCCCCUAAGGACACCCCUCCCCCUAUACCUCCCAGAGAUGUGGUUUACCCCCCCAUGCAAACAUUUGUGCAAACUGAACAUGAAUUCUUUCACAACGAAUCAAUGUUUCAAUACCACCAACCACUAUCAGCCUACCCUGAUGUUCGGUAUAAUCCACAAGAUCAACCAAACGAAGUUGAACAAUUCUCCCAACCAGAGCCGAGAUUUGUUCAAGAACACGGGUUUAUCUUCCCUGAAAACAAUUUCACCCCCAGCGAACGGGGAUUUCCCCCCGAACCCCCGCAAAUCCCAGAUUCUGCCCCCAACCAAGCUCCACCUGUUCCCCCCCGCGACCCCCUGUAAUCCCCCCGCGUGACUCACCUCCUAUCCUUAACUCGUACGAUACAUACCCUGGAAUGCGAUAUGUUCCUGACCCCACCCGCUUUGUAACAGGGAUGCCCCAGUAUCCCAAUGUGCCCCAAAAUGACGCGCCGCCCCCAAUUCCACGACGCCAACCAAGUGCUCCAGCCCUGUAACGCGCUUUGCUUGUUUUGAUGCGGUACACGCUCCCUACUAUUGUUGUUGUGUGAUGUGUGUCACAUUAUUACCGUUGAUAAAUCAAUUAUUAAUUUUAUUAACAAGUUAUCUGGUUGAA